AUCAGCGUUAGGGAACGAUUUACGUAUAAAAAAAAACAUUACCAACCAAAAUAUGUCACAUUUCUCCACGGACUCGCAUCCGGUCGAUUUGCAUUAGAAAAUCAAAGUGAAAUGGAUUUGAAAGUUAUUUGUUUGGUCGUUUGCCUUUUUUAUUUCGCUCCAUCAUCAGCUAAACCCACUUCGAAUUUAGCCGAAUUAAAAGAUGGAGAUCUCGCCGAAAAAUUCAUCGGAUUUUUGGAACAAGAUAAACAAUUUCAAAAUUUAAUGUCUAAAUUUGAAGAAGAUCCAGAUGCGUUAACCAGGCAAAAACGGCAAACUAUAAACGAAAUGGAAGAUGACGAGGAUGUAUUCACCGAAGUAAAAAAACCCAAUGAUGGAUUUAUGGAUAGAGCUGCGAAAUUCGUCAUGGAAUUGUUGCAGAGGUUUCUUAAGUGGAUUAAUACGGAAUAAAAUUAAAUCUUAUCUCAUUAGUUUAAUUGUUUAGAAAAUAUAUAUUAAUCGUCGCUUUUUAAAAAUGUUAUAUUUUAUUAACUUAAUUUAAAUUUUGAUGAGUGGUGAACUUCAGGGCAAUCUUUUUAAUCAACUGUUAUGUAACGGUUUAAUUUUGAAUUAUUAACAAGUGUUUAUAUAAGAUUAUUAUAUUCUCUUAAAUUCGCAACAAUAAAAAAAUUUUACUAUCAAA